AUGUCCUUCCUUACUGCUCUGGUGUUGAGUUCCCUCAUUUCUAGUACUGUCGGAAGUACUUGCAAAUACAUCAAAGUAAAUGCCGAUGAUGGGUGUUACAAUCUUGCCACUCGUUGUGACAUAACGCAGAAUAAACUCACGGAGUAUAACACGAAGACUGACUUCUGCAAAAAUCUGGAAGCUGGUGAUUAUGUCUGUUGCUCCGCGGGAUCCUUGCCAGACUUCUCUCCCAAGAAAAACUCCGACGGCUCUUGUCAUAGCUACACCGUCAAGAAGGAUGAAACGUGCUCGAGUAUCGAAUCAGACAACCUGAUGAAGACGGGAGCAAUUAAAGACUACAACGGUGAGACAUGGGGCUGGGCUGGAUGCAACAGUCUCCAGUUUGGACAAAACAUAUGUUUGAGUGAUGGCACGCCUCCUUUCCCAUCUGAACUAGAUGGUGCCGUUUGUGGCCCCCAGGUGAAAGGCACGGUGAAGCCAACCAAUAUGCCAUACACUAACUGGACCAAUCUGAACCCGUGCCCUCUUAACGCAUGCUGCGAUAUUUGGGGCAUCUGUGGUGUAACAUCUGAAUUCUGCACCAAUAGCACUGCCGAGACCGGGGCUCCUGGAACGGCCAAGAAUGGAACCAACGGAUGUAUCUCGAACUGUGGCACUGAUAUCAUCAACACUGACGAGAAGGCCGACCAAGUUAUGCGUAUCGCGUACUUUGAAACCUUUAACCUGGAUCGCGAGUGCAUGCACAUGGACAUCUCCAAGCUUGAGGGCAGCGAAUACUACACGCACGUUCACUGGGCUUUUGCCAACAUUACCCAGAAUUUCGAGGUUGAUGUCAGCGGCUACCAGGAUCAGUUCGAUGGCCUUAAAAAGCUCCAUGAUAUCAAACGAAUUCUCAGUUUUGGUGGCUGGGGAUUCUCAACUACUGAAUACACCUAUUCCAUCCUUCGCAAUGGUGUUAAGGAGGUCAAUCGCCAGACUCUGGCUGAUAACGUGGUCAACUUCAUCAAAGAACAUGAGCUCGACGGCAUCGAUUUUGACUGGGAAUAUCCUGGAGCCCAAGACAUCCCAGGCGUUCCCGCUGAUAGCAAAGAUUCUGGCAAAAACUAUCUCGAGUUCCUCAAGCUAGUCAAAGCUCAAUUACCUUCCUCCAAACACCUCUCCAUCGCUGCGCCGGCAUCAUACUGGUACCUGAAGAAUUUCCCCAUCAAAGAAAUUUCCGAGGUGGUUGACUACAUCGUCUACAUGACAUACGAUCUUCAUGGCCAGUGGGAUUAUGACAGCCCUUACGGCGAUGAUGGUUGCCCUGAGGGUGGCUGCUUGCGUAGCCAAGUGAAUCAGACUGAGACCCAUUCCUCCCUCUCGAUGAUCACGAAAGCGGGAGUUCCCUCGAAAAAGGUGGUGGCAGGUCUUCCACUUUACGGACGCAGCUUCAAAAUGAAAGAUCCCAAGUGUAGUGGCCCCAAUUGCCAUUUUACUGGACCCGAGUCUGGUGCCACGAAGGGGAUUUGUACCGAUACAGCCGGUUAUAUCUCCAACUAUGAGCUCUAUGAACUCAUUUCGAAGUCUGAAAACACCGAAUCGUAUAACUUCACCAUCCAGCAAUAUGAAGAUGAAGGAGAUGUUCUCAUCUAUGACGGGAAUUGGGUAUCAUGGCUGACACCAGAAAGCUACGCCAAACGGAGAGAUUGGACCGAUGGCAUGAACUUUGCGGGAACAUCCGACUGGGCUGUCGAUCUGAACCAGACCUACGCCGACCUUGGCCUUGGUGAUGAAUUCGAGAGCUCUCUUGAUGAAGAAGACGAUUUUGAGGUUUGUGACUACUCUAAGACGUCCAGCUUCAAGAACCUCGAUGAACUUGCGGCUGCUUCGGGGGACAUGCGGUCCGAUUGUAUCGCUGUCUACACACUUCAGACGUUGAUCACUAUGCUGAACACUGCUUAUGACAACUACACAGACGUCAACAGUGGAUAUGAUGCCCUUUUUGACUACUAUGUUACCUACAUGGAAGACACGGUUCCAACUGUCCUCGACACUGUGCUCUUGAUGGAGGGCGAUGGUGUUAAUACGGGCAACGGAGCGGCACCUAAAUUUGCAGAUGGCGCAUCUUAUUUCAAUUGUGACUAUAGCGGUGUGUCUAAAAACUGUGAAGGCUUAAACCACGGGAAUGAUCUUUUGCCCGAGAACGAAGACAUCCAUUGGAAGCUCACUGAUGAAGAUGGCUGGGACAAGGCGCUGGCCAACCAAGGCAUUUCAGCGGACUAUGUUGAGUUUGGUGACUAUACUCGGCACCAGCAUCACGAGCCUUUUGGUGGGCGAGGUCGCGCAGACUACGACUACUAUUUCACAAACUUUCCCAUAAAGAACAAGACCAUGGUCGUGCCGAACCCCAAGGAUAUCGUCCUGAAUGCUCUGCCCCACAUUCCAGACCUGCGUAUGGAUAUGCAAGCUACUGUCUUCGACAUGAUGUUUGGUCAAUGGGUCGGUGGCUCCCUCAAUGAUCCAUCCCAGGUAUACAGCACUCCGGUAUUCACCAUCAUACAAGCGAUCGAGGGCAUGGCAAAGGCCAAAAAGCUUGGCCAGGAAGAGAAGGAUGCGGAGGAGGAGGAGAAAGCGGAAAAGAAAAAGGACUUGAUCUUAACGAUUGUUAGCGUUGCUCUUAUCGUGAGUACUAUUCCUUGCAAAAUCACUUCACCAAAGCAAAAGAAAACAAAAGCUAAUUCGACAAUACAGUUUGUGCCUUUUGUUGGUGAAGAAGCCGCCGCCGCAGCUGGGAUGGCCACCCUCGCACGCAGUAUUGCUGUGGCAGGUGAAGCAGCCAAUGCUGGUCUUGCCAUUUAUGACACGGUGCAAGACCCUAAGUCUGCUAUAGUGAAUGUCAUCGGUGCCGCUCUUGGAGUUGGCGCUAUUGCAAAAGCUGAGCGCACCGGUUCAGGUCUUAAAGCUACGGCCAAGCUUCGAACGGAGAUGAAGGCGAGCGAGGUUGCCAGCUUGGGCAAACUUUUCCAAGCAAAUGAUAACACACUGCAAAAUCUCAUGAAGGUGUGCAGAUUGAAGUGA